AUGGCUGAAAUUAAAGGAAUUGGUGGUUUGGAUCAGGCCUAUGAUGGAUCAAAUUUGAAAAUUGGUAUUAUUUAUGCUCGUUGGAACAAAGAGAUUAUAGAUUCGUUAGUCUCUGGUGCAAUUAAAAACCUAAAGAAAUUAAAUGUCAAAAAAGAAAAUAUUCUCAUUGAAUCCGUUCCUGGUUCUUUUGAAUUGCCUUUCGCCACUAAAAAAUUCUUCAACAACAAUAGCGACUUAAAUGCAAUUAUCUCCAUUGGGGUCCUUAUCAAGGGUUCGACUAUGCAUUUUGAAUACAUUUCAAAUGCUGUUACAUUGGAAUUAAUGAGCUUGCAAAAAAUUAUUGAUAUUCCGAUUAUUUUUGGCUUAUUAACCUGCCUUACUGAAGAUCAAGCAAAAAUUAGAAGUGGAUUAGUAUUACCCAAUGAUAAAAAUCAUGCUACUCAUAAUCAUGGCGAGGAUUGGGGUUCAGCUGCUGUUGAAAUGGCAAUCAAAUUUAUUUACAAUUGA